AUGCGGAAACAGCGUUCUUUCUGAAAUGCAAGUAUACACGGGGAAGAAAGAUGGCGGCGUGCAACAAGGACUUGGGUAUCAAGUUGUUUACGAUUUGACUCGUAAAGUCGCAGGAAAAGGUCACCACGUCUUUUGUGACAACUUUUUUACUUCGGUAAAGCUAGCAGAAGACUUGCUAAAGGAUAGCAUCUAUCUCUGUGGUACAACGAGAAGCAACCGAAAGGACUUCCCGGCCGAACUGAAAGACGCCGCUGCGAUAAAAAAGCUUCGCAGAGGAGAGUCAAUAUUCCGCCAGAAGGGCAAUGUUGUUUGUACCAUAUGGAAGGACAAAAAGGCAGUUGCCUUUAUUAGCACCCAAUGCGAAGCAAAAGGCAUAGAGACCGUCAACCGCAGACAAAAAGACGGCUCUAUUCUCAAGGUCGAUUCCCUUCCCGUUGUCACGCUCUACAACAAGUUUAUGGGCGGCGUUGACAAAGCUGAUCAGUACCGGCAGUACUACGAGGUAACACGGCACGCUCAGAAAUGGUGGAGGUAUUUGUUUUGGUUCGGAUUAGAUGUAGCAGUUGUUAAUGCCCACAUCCUGAUGAAUUUGGCGCCGAAUCACCCUAGUCUGACGCAGUUGAAGUUUAGAGUGGAGCUUGCUAGGGGACUUAUCAAUGGUUUCUCUUCGCGCAAGCAUGCUGUGCAUGAGGGCAGUAUUCAAGACGGUCACUGGCCCAUGCAGAUGACAAAAGGGCGAUGCAAACGAUGCCUGAAGAAUGGGAUAACAAAGUUCUGCCGACAAGGAUGCGAAAAGUGCGCUAAGCGCUACUGCUUGAACUGUUUCAAGAACCAUAACCAGGACCAAUAGGACACAAAUUACUGUCAUGGCGCGAAAUUCAAAACGCACAAUCAAACAUAUUUUGGAUUUGUAUCGAGAUUUUGUGGUUUUACAUGCUAUAACAAAUACAUUUGAAAUAAAAAAAACAUGCUCAACAUAAUAACUGUAUUUUUAUUGUAGAUUUUGAUGUAAUAUGAAAGAUAUUGACUUGUAAUUUUAGGAUCAGAUGAUAAAUAGGUGCACUUUGUAAAUAACCAUUAUUUCAACUUCAAGUUUUAUAAAAUCUUAUGGCACAUUCACCCUAAUUAUGUACAUCAAUGGAUAGGGAAUUGUCUUGGCAAUAAACAUUUUUACUAUUGUUAAACAUGA